UGCAGGCUCCUUUCACUUAGGAAACAGGAAGUACACUAACUAAAUGGCCUUUCCAUUUCCUCAUGCUGGUUUUUCCCACCUGUGCACCGGCUCCAUAAAUAGCAGACAGGUGAGGAUGGAUGCAGGUAAAAUAUCCUUUAACAGUCAGCCAGAAGAGAGGCACACAUGAUGGACAUGAAGCAGAUUCUCAUCUUUGGACUUUGUCUCAUGCCCGUUUGGACGUGCAGGAUGAACCGGUGCUACGAUGUCCACGAGCUGCACCGGGCAGCGGAGAGGAAGCUGAGGAGCCACUACCCACAGCCUCAGGAGUCCUUUGCCGCGGCGAUGUCCAACUCCUCGGCCUCUUGCCCUGUGGCGCUUUUCCCGCAGCAGCCGCCUCAGCACAUCCGAGACAGGUCCCUGUCCCCGUGGAGAUACGUACGUGUCACAAAGGAGGAUCACUUUCCUUCCAGCUACUCCGAGGCUCAGUGCUUGUGUUCCGGGUGCGUCCUCAUCCAGGACAACAGGCCUCCGGUGGAGAGCCACGACUACAACUCAUACCCUGUGACACAGAGCAGGGUGUUCCUAAAGAGAGAGCUCUGCGACGACGGGAGGAGGUAUUACCUGAAGCCGGUCACUGUGAAAGUAGCUGUUGGUUGCACCUGCACUCGAGCAAAGAGCUACAACUAACUAGCUGCCUCCACUGUCCAUAUUGUGUUUGUUCUAAAAUGCACCAAGUCCCCUGGAAAGUCUGAACUAGGGGUGUCGGCUCUGAUCAAUUCAUUUUGUAUAGCCCAAACCAAAAAUUACAAAUCCCUCAGAGGGUUUUAAAGUCUUUACACAUGCGACAUCCCCUGUCCAGAAAUCCUCACAUCUACAAGAUAGAGUUCCACAAAAAUGGAAGACGGAGGAACACUCUCCCUGGACAGAAUACAAUAGAUAUCAUGUGCACAGAAUGAACAACGUAAAAGAUGUAAAAUAUAUUUGAUUCCUAUAACAGAAAUAUUGCGAAUAGUAAUCCAGGUGUAGGGAAGGACCACAGCAGGGACAACCACCAGAAGAUAGAACUACCACCAUAAGAUAACUCCAAGAAAAACAAAACUAUAUCAGCAGUCAUGUGACUUUCAAGCCACACUGGGGCUACUAAAAUAACUUGAUUUCUCUGGAGUUUAAUAUCAGUAAAUCCUCCCAAGUUUUGAUGUCCUUAAGACUUGUUUCAAGUCUAAUGAGCUGGCUGGUCUCAUCUGGGUUGAUUGAUAGAAACAG